GAAGCGAAUUUCUAGAUUCUCCUUGAUAACCGAAACCAAGAGAAAAACAGAGCAACUUUCAGAGAGAAAGAGGGCAAAAUCCAUGGAAAAAUUGAAGUCAAUAAUACCAUUUGAGAUUAAGAAGAAGAUAGAACAAAGCAAUACCAAAGAUCUUCCUUCUACCACUUCAUCCCUCCAUUAUUUCUUCGCUAAUUCUUCCCUCUUUCACUCAAUGGUUGAGGAUUUGACAAAUCCUGAACUGGGGUUUUGCUCCAAGAACAAGGAGACUGCUUUGGAGUUGAAGAAUAAGGGAAAUGCUUGCUUUUCUUCCUCGGAUUACUCCCAAGCUGCUCAUUUCUAUUUUCAAGCUUUACGUGUUGCUCCUGUUGAUGUUGUUGACAAAGGCAACAAGUUGGUUGCAGCUUUGUUUGUGAAUCGGGCUUCUUCUUUUCAUAAAAUGAGUCUUUUGGAGGAGUCCCUACGAGAUUGCAAUCGAGCUCUUUCAAUUAGUCCAAGAUACGCCAAGGCUUGGUACAGGAGAGGCAAGGUUAACACUUCUUUGUUAAAUUAUGAAGAUGCAAUCUGUGACUUGAUGGUAGCCUUGGACUUUGAAGGAACUUCAAGUGGAAAGAGACAAAUACAAAAUGAUCUGAAGUUAAUGGAAAAGGAAAACCAAAAGUCUGAAAAUCCCUUUCAAGAGCUCAGCAGGCAAGAGCAGCUUGUUAUUGAUGAGGAUGAGAUGCCGCCAGUGGAGUUGCAGUGUGUAUCUACUCCAACCAAAGGGAGAGGCAUGGCUUCACUUUUUGAGAUAUCUUCGGCUACUUUAGUUCAUAAGGAAGAGCCUUAUGCUGCGAUCAUAUUGAAGAACUUCAGAGAUACACAUUGUCAUUUUUGUUUCAGUGAACUACCAGCGGACAAAGUUCCCUGUACGUCAUGCUCAAUACCACUGUACUGCUCUGAUCAUUGCCAACUUCAGUCAGGAGGACGGGUUUUAAAAAAACAUGUAAUAAACAACGAAAGUGAUGAUAUUCUUUCUGGUGAAUCUUUCAAGUACUUAAAGGUGACUUCAGAUAGUCAUUUGGAUCCAGGCAUUGAGUGCUUUACUGAACAUGGACAUGAAUGUUGUGGUGUGAAUUGGCCUGUUGUGUUGCCAACCCAGGUGGUAUUAGCUGGUCGGAUUUUAAUGAAGUUGGUAGAACUAAAAGAGGAUUCAAAAGAUUUGGACCUUUUUCAUAAUUAUGUACAUCUCCCUCCAGAAAGCAAAGUGGAGUUGCAUGUAUACUCAAUCGUGCUGCUUUACUGCCUUCACUCUUAUUGUAGUUCUAAAUUCAAGCUGCAAGGAGCUAUUUUUGCAAAGGCCAUCAUUCUUAUUUCUCAAAUAAAGGUCAAUUCCAUGGCAAUUGUUCGUAUGAAAUCUGCAGAUAUGUAUCAUCCAUCGAAGCAAUCAGGAAAUUUGUCCUUACCUAGAGAUAGCAUGACAAGCAAUCUUGAGCAGGCGAGAGUUGGGCAAGCAGUAUACUUAUCUGGCAGUAUGUUUAACCAUUCCUGCAUGCCUAAUAUCCAUGCAUACUUCAUUUCUCGUACACUUUUGAUAAGAGCCACAGAAUAUGUGCCCGGUGGAUGUCCAUUGGAGAUGUCUUAUGGACCACAGGUUGGGCAGUGGGAUCACAGAAACCGACAGCAAUUUCUACUGGACAGAUAUACAUUUAAGUGUCAAUGCAAUGGUUGUACUAGAGCUAAUCUUCCAGAUCUUGUCUUAAAUGCUUUCCGGUGUGCUAAAGUUAAUUGCUCUGGUGUGGUUCUUGAUGACUCUAUGGUGGAGUAUGAAAAACAUAAAUUUUGUCAUUUACCAGAGACACCUGAAAAUCACAGUAUGGAGCAUCAACGAGAGGUUGACAAGUUAAUGCAUGAUGAGAUUAAGAACGUUGCUUGCCUCAUGUCUGAACAUAGUAGUCACUGCCGUGAGAUUCAGUCUGGAUGUUGCCUGAAAUGUGGUUCCACUAAUGAUCUGAAGUAUCUGCAUGCGACAACUGAUGAAGCUGAUACAUAUUUUCGAAGUUUGCAGGAAGCUGUUAAUUCUAAUGAGGUUUCUGCUGGUCUCUUGUCAAAUGCUUUGAGUUCCCUUAAUGAUCUGAAAUCUACGCUUCAUUCAUAUAACAAGAAACUUGCGGAGGCUGAAGAUAUUCUUGCUGAGGUAUUUUGUUCAGUUGGGGAGAUGCAACAAGCAAUUGAUCACUGUACAAUAUCCAUUCAGAUUCUUAAGAAGCUUUACAGUCCUGGUCACAUUGCUGUCGGAAAUGAGCUUGUAAAGCUAUCAUCACUACAGCUAGCUUUGGGUGAUGCUUCUGCUGCUGUAGAUACUGUACAUCAGAUGAAUAUAAUAUUCUCAAACUACUAUGGGAAGCAUGCAGAGUUGAUGUUUCCAUAUCUGCAAUACCUUAAAGGGGGGGUGGUUCACAAGCUUGCCGAUGGAAGAAAAUCAUGAUACAUCAAAUGCAUGCUCAUAGGACAGUACCUGGAUAACUCAGUUUAUGCUGCUGCUAUCUUUUUUUUUUUUCAUGCUGGGGGGCAGAGAUGGGGAGAGACGUGGAUAAGAUUGGUGCAUGUGACAUAAGUUCAUAUGGCGAUAUUGGUUGAGUAAUCCAAACUGUUUAUUUUCAAUUGCUGUGCAGUUUUUGUGUAAAUUUGUGAAUAGAAGCACACUAUGAAUUGCGUAGGCCCGUAGAGCACCAGCCAAACUAACUGAAAUUGAUGUAGGAUGAUUGUUAACUCUAUAGUACGCGGCGCAUCAGCUAUGGUAAUGGAGGAGGAAAUGGUUUGGGAAUAUCGAAUAUGGGAUGGUAAUAGAUUGUCACAAUCUGACAGCCAAACCUCCCAAAAUUUAAGUUUACAAAGUGUUUUCACUUGAGCUACACCAAGGUGAUCUAGGCACAUACCUGAUAUAGUGAUAGCGGAAUAUAUUCCCCCUAAUACGGUAUAUUGUAAAUUUCGAACCUUUUAUAUAAUGAGAAUUAACACAUGUUGGAGAGGGGGGUAGUAUAAUGAGAAUAAACACAUGUUGGUGAUGGGGGUUGCUCGUAGAGGGAAAGAGUGGCAAGUAGAGAAAAAUGCGCAUAAGAGCAACUGACCGUGGCGCCAAUGUCCAUUUGGGUGGGUAUCAAUAGAACCAAAAUUUAAGAAGGUAGCCCAUUAAAUAAGGAAUUUCUCAUUGGUAGCCAUUAAAAUUUAAAAAAAAAAAAAAAUGCUAUUAAAAAAAA